AUGUCUUCCUCGGAGAAACACUCUACCGGCCUAGCUGGAAAGACCUGCCUCGUCACGGGCGGGGCCGGCGGGCUCGGAAAGGCCGUCACAGCCGCGUUCCUCGACGCGGGCGCCAACGUGGUGAUUUGCGACAGCAACGCCAAACGCAUCGAGGCCACCUUGGCCGAGCUGCAGACAAGGGGCGGCAAUCUCACAGCCGUCACGGCCGAUAUCACCGACCGCGGCCAGGUGCAGAGCUUGUUCGACGACAUCGCCGGCAGGUUCGGGACGUUGGACGUCCUCGUCAACAACGCCGCCGUCAUGGACCGGUUCGACCCGGUGGGAGACGUCGAGCUUGACUUGUGGGACAAGAUCUUGGCGGUGAACCUAACGGCUCCGCUCCAGCUGAGCAAACUCGCCGUACGCAGCAUGUUAUCGAAGCCGGAGCCCGCCGGGUGUAUCAUCAACAUCGCCUCCGGAGCGGCCACGGCCGGCUGGCUUGCAGGCACGGCGUAUACAGCAAGCAAACACGGCCUGGUGGGCCUGACCAAGAGCACCGCCGCCUUCUACGGCCCCAAGGGUAUCCGCUGCAACGCGCUGAUGAUUGGUGUCAUCGGCGGCACCCACCUGAACGAGGCCUUCCGCGACGGCUGUCACGAGGAGGGGCGCCAGAAGCUGGGGGAGAUCUUUUCCGGGGUCAGGCCGCAACCAUGCAAGGUCGACGACGUGGCGGGGAUAUGCCUGUCCCUGGCUUCGGGCCCGGGCUGGGGCACGGUGAACGGGGCCCUCAUCGCCGUGGACAACGGCUGGACAAGUGUGGUCGGCUAG